CCAGUCUUGCCACUGCUGUCCCUUCUCUCUCACACUCCUCCUCUCUCUGCAUCUCUUACCAAAUCAUCACUGCUUUUCUUCUUCUCUCUCUCUCUCUCUCUCUCUUUCUCAUUCUCUCUCACACACACACGCACACACACACACACACAUGCCGACUGACUCCCAAGGACAGUGCACCCUCUCUCUCAGCCCCUCUGUCUGGCGCUGAUCUUCGCAGGAGGAGGAAGAGGAGGAAGAGGCAGGACGGGUCCUGGCUCCUGGAUGAUGGAGCACAGCCACAUCUUCUCCCUCCUGCCCUCCAACAGCAGCGCGUGGAGCCCAGGGCAGCUCCCCCCCAGCCCCCUGCGCUGCCCGCUGGGGCCCCUGCCCGUUAUCUACUACAGCACCCUGCUCUGCCUCGGCCUGCCCGCGAACAUCCUGACGGUGGUGGUCCUGUCCCAGCUGGUCCUGCGGCGGCAGAAGUCCUCCUACAGCUACCUCCUGGCCCUGGCGGCGGCCGACAUCCUGGUGCUCCUCCUCAUCGUGUUCGUGGACUUCCUGCUGGAGGACUUCAUCCUGGGGGCCCCGCUGCCCCCCUCCCUGGGGAAGGCGGUGCUGGCGCUGGAGUUCUGCUCGCUGCACACCUCCGUCUGGAUCACCGUGCCGCUGACCGUGGACCGCUACGUGGCCGUCUGCCACCCGCUGCACUACCACGUGCUGUCCUACCCCGCCCGCGCGCGCCGCGUCAUCCUGGCCGUCUACCUGGGGGGCCUGCUCUCCGGCGCCCCCUACUACUGGUGGCCGGACCUGUGGCGGGGGGCGCCGGGCGGGGGGUUCGGGCCGGGCCAGCAGGCGCUGGUUUGGGCGCACUGCGUGGCCGUGUACCUGGUGCCCUGCGCCGUCUUCCUGGCCCUCAACUCCGCCAUCGUCCGGCAGCUCCACAGCCGCCGCGCCACCCUCCGCCUGCGCGGCCGCUACUCCACCGGCAAGACCACCGCCAUCCUGCUGGCCGUCACCUCCGUCUUCGCCGCGCUCUGGGCGCCCCGCGUCAUCGUCAUCCUCUACCGCCUGUACGCCGCCGGCCCCGCCCCCGACCCCGCCCGCCCCCCGCUCCACCUGCUGGCCGACCUGGCCAACAUGCUGGCGCUGCUCAACACCGCCGUCAACUUCUUCCUGUACUGCUUCAUCAGCCGGCGCUUCCGCGGCAUGGCCGCCGCCGCCAUCGCCGCCUCCCUCUGCUGCCGGAAGAGGCUGCCGCCGCCGGCCUUCUGCGCGGGACACAGCCUGUCCGUCACCAGCAGCUCCCGGAUCUCCCCCGCCGGCUCCCGCUGCAUCAAGAUGCUGGUGUACCAGUGCGACCGGAGCUCGGCCCUGUCUCUCUCUCCCCCCCAGCCCCAAAGCCUGUCCCCCUCCCCCUGCCAUUACCGCCCCCACCAGCCACUUCCUGGGGGCAGCUGACCGACUCUGUUGGGACAGACCUACGGGGCGUCGGGCUGUCAGGAAGAAAGUGAUUGGACGGCGAUGCCCCC